UGCAGCCGCCCAACGAUCCGCGUCGAAGGAUGAUGAAGCUCCUCUUCUGCAUCUCGAUCAGUUUCUUCUUGACUGCAAUGGCGGCCAUCAAUUCGGGGAACUUUUACGCCCCGACGGUCGCGAAAAUGAAGAUUUUAUCCCCCAUUCGUGAGUUUCCUGUUCUAUCGGGCCUGCAAUGCACCAUGGCUUGCCUCAGCGAAACGACGUGCUACAGCUACUCCAUCACAAAGUCUGCAGGACUGGCGACGUGUCGGUUGGGUGGCGCGUACGACCCGACGAGGAUUGCAGAUCCCGACAGCGAGUUCUUCUUCACCGAUGUGCCACCAGGCUACAACUUGGUGCCAGGAACAAAGAGCUACGUGAAGAUCGUGUUGGACACGACGAAGACCUCUGCACAAGCGAAGACGGAGUGCGAGAAGGACGGCGCUGGCCUCGCCAUCCCCAACCAGGAACCCGUGCACAACUACCUCAACAAGACCAUGAUGGAGAACGCAGCGAAGCUCACCACUACCUACUACAACUUCUGGGUCGAUGGGAAGGCCUUUCCACCGAACCACUUUGUUUGGUUUUUCAGGGACGGCACAAAUGUGACUAUUACUGCCAAAGGUCAAGGUCACUUCCAUCCGAACGAACCGGAUUAUGGGGAGGGAUGCCUCGUGGUGACCUAUAAGUUUAUUUGGGUGGCACCGUACACUUACGGGAACUGGGUGGAACCUCCUACAUGCACCGAUCUGAGAUCUGGAUACUUUUGUGAAAUCAGGGUCCCCGACGUGAUCCCACGUCCUUCACACCAAUAA